CAUCACAACACGCCUCCAGUUAUUUAUCGAUCUGAGAGCACCCAACCCACACACCAACUGUCAAACGAUCACACGAUUGUUAAACUCGAUUUCAAAGGCGAUGUCAUCGGCUCCGACUAUAUUAACGCCAACUUUAUUAGCGGUUUCAAUUCUGAUGAGGAAUAUAUUGCAUGUCAGGCGCCCCUACACUCCACUGUCAAUGACUUUUUUCGUAUGAUUAUUGAGCAUAACGUCAGGAUUGUGGUCACAUUAACCCAGUGUAUUGAAAAAGGACGGCUAGUAACCUCUAAAUGCGAGAAGUAUUGGCCGAGUAGUGACGAUCCGGACGACGACGACAUGGACAGAGGGGACGACAGCACCGGCAGCAACACCAGGAGCUCGAAAAAGGCCAUACCUAGCAUGCAGUUCGGUGACAUCGCCAUUGAAUUAGUAUCGGAAGAAGCCAUUGAAAGCGAAUUCAUAAUACGAGAGCUAAAGCUCAUAAAAGGCGAUUCGCAUCAUUCGCUAACGCAAUACCAUUUCAUACAAUGGCCUGAUUUCGGGUGCCCUCAGAAUCCCUAUUCGCUCAUCCAUUUGAUUGAAAUCAUACGAAAACAAUACACAGCAAUCAAUAGCCAUGAGAAUGGCAUCAAUUCGCCGAUUCUGGUUCACUGCAGUGCUGGUGUGGGCCGAAGCGGUACAUUCAUAGCUGUGGACAGGAUUAUGGAAAUGUUGACCAAAACUCCCGGCGCCGACACGUCACUGCCCAAAGAUAUUACGAUCGAUGUGUUUAACACCGUUUGCGAUAUGAGAAGGUGUCGACCAAAUAUGGUUCAGACAGAGGAUCAAUACAUCUAUAUUUAUGACUGCAUUAAAUACCUUAUCGAUCGACUCGAGGGUCAAAAUCUACAAAAUAGUCAAACCGAUGAAAAUACUAGUCAUUGUGAUAGAGAUGAAAAAGACAAAGUGGACGGUUGUUGCCUGGAUGAGAGUAGUGUGGACCCGGAUCACUUAACUACCGGCGCUCACCUCACACGACAAAUAUCUAACGAAAGUUGCGAGAAUACAAUGUUAUAG